GUUACCGAUAACAACAUUGUUUCUAAACUUCACUAAAUUAAGCUUUUAAUUUAAAAAAAGACAAGGUAUUUGCAGCCUUAGUAUAAAUUUAGCUUCAUGGCAUGGUGAUAAUUACAGAUGUAGUCAACUGAUGAGAAUACAAGAAAAUGUCUAGUUCCAUGAAAACAUGUUUCCAAACAUUUUAUACACUGUCAGUUGUAAGAUCCAAGAUGGUGUUUCAAACAUUUCAAAAUAAUAGGUACAAGGUUUUAGGUGUUUUAAUCAGUGGUGGGGUUUAUUCUUAUGUCACAGAUAAAAAGGUUUAUGCAAAGGGUCACAAUUUAAAAGAUCUUAGAGCAGGUUGGAUGACUGAUUCCAUAACAGACAUAAAAACAUUAGAUGAGAAAUCUGAUGAUAUGAGAUACAGAAUGGAAAUGAUGAUAUUAAGGAUACAGGGAGAUGUUUGUCGUGCCUUGGAACAUUUAGAUGGAGAACAGAAGUUUUUAAUUGACAGAUGGGAAAGAAAGGAGGGAGGUGGAGGUAUAACAUGUGUAUUACAAGAUGGUAAAGUAUUUGAGAAAGCUGGUGUUAAUAUAUCUGUAGUACAUGGUAAAUUACCACCCGGUGCUAUACAACAAAUGAAAUCCAGAGGUAAGAAAAAUUUAGAAGGUAAAGAUCUACCAUUUUUUGCGGCCGGUGUUAGUUCAGUUAUUCAUCCAAGGAAUCCUCAUGUACCUACUCUGCAUUUUAAUUAUCGUUAUUUUGAAGUAGAAUCUAGUGAUGGCAGUAAACAGUGGUGGUUUGGGGGUGGUACUGAUUUAACACCAUAUUAUCUAGUCAAAGAGGAUGUAAAACAUUUUCAUUCAACAUUAAAAUCAGCUUGUGAUAAACAUGGUAAAGAUCUGUAUACUAAAUAUAAGAAAUGGUGCGAUGAUUAUUUCUACAUCAAACAUAGAGGUGAAAGUCGAGGUGUAGGAGGAAUAUUUUUUGAUGAUGUUGAAGAUCCAAGUCAAGAGGAAGCUUUCAGAUUUGUCAGAUCAUGUGCUGAAUCCGUUUUACCAUCCUAUGCUCCUAUUGUUAGAAAACAUAAGAGUGAUAAAUAUGGAAAUGCAGAAAGAGAAUGGCAGUUGUUGCGUAGAGGAAGAUAUGUAGAAUUUAAUCUGAUUUAUGAUAGAGGAACUAAAUUUGGACUUUAUACACCAGGAGCAAGAUAUGAAAGUAUACUCAUGUCACUUCCAUUAACUGCUAGAUGGGAAUAUUGUCACAAGCCAUCCGAAGGCUCGAAGGAAGAUCAGCUUAUGGAAGUACUAAAAUCACCGAGAGACUGGGUUUGAGAGAUAACUAACAGACUAUAUAGUGCUAGGACGAUAAUAUCUCAUUGGAAAGUAUUAAACAUAUCCAUUGACAGCUUCCAACAAUAUAUAUUUUUAAGAGCAACAUUAUUUUUUAUUUUUCUUCAGAAUAUUUUAAACUUUUAUAUUGUUUUAUAUAGCCUACAUAGUCAAAACUCAAUUAAACUAUUCAGGCUAAUUAAAAGGGCAGUCCCAGUACACAAUAAUUAUAAGUUGCUUUAAGUAUAUACAGCAAAUGUCUAAAUGUGACAGUAGAGUCUAUUUUGCCUUAUCUCAAAAUUUCAAGUCUAGAAAUGAUUGCUACGUAACACAUUUAAGGAAUUUCAUUCUUCAAUUGUAUGAGUGACUUGAUAAUAGUGAGGAACACUUACCAUUAUAACUUUGACAAGUGUAGACAUGGCUAUCUAGGCACUUAGACAUAGUGGAAUUUGGGAACUUAUGGUGAACUCCACAUGGAAAUUGAAAGUUUGUAUUUCUUAAAAACAUAUCGCCAAUUUUCAGAAAGUUGCAUAUGACAAGGAUAAAGAUUUAACUGGGACUGCUAACUUAAUGCCAGUAUGAGACAUUGUUGUACUAUUUGUUAUAUUCAAGAUUUAUAUGUUGUCUUGAUGAUAUAGUAUUGAAAAUAAAACAGAACAUUAUUUUGCUUUAAAA